AUGGCAGUGACGUUGUUGUCCUUGCUCUCGCAUGUUUCUGGCCGCCAGUUGGAGCAUCGGGAUGCUGGAUUACAUCGUGGGCUCUUUUCGGCUGCUCAGCAGCACAAGAGAGAUGUCACGGGUUGGUCGAUAUUCUCCAAUGGUUCACUCUCAACAGUUGGCCUCGACGCUGCUUGCGAGAGUGCCAUGUACCAGACCAUUGCCUGUGACGGGGCUGCUUCCAUCCUGAUGACAGAAUCAACCGUGAACUCCACACGGACUGAGCUUGUUUGCACCGCGGAUUGCGAGACCUCCAUCGCGAAUAUGGCUAGCACGGUUGCGGAGGCUUGUGUGAACACGCCAAACCUGGCUACCGGUCUACCGCUAUUUGGCUUUGUCGACACAAUCUGGAGCAACUGGAACCAAUCAUGCUUCACGGACCCGGAGACUGGAGAUAACUGCAACGAUUUCCUGGCUGCUCUUCCCAGCGUAGCUGAUGUCUCGAAUUAUUCAGAAUCAGAUCUGUGUUCGUAUUGUUACACCGAGAAGCUGGCUCUGAUGCAAGCCUCGGCGUACUCGGAUACCUACAACGAUGACUCCCAGACCGUGUAUGAAUACGUAGCCGGCGUCUGCAAUCUGACCGUUACGGACUUCAAUGCAACCGAGAGCGUCUUUCAGCCCAACAUAACCGCCACGAGCACAAACUGUGUGUCUGGCAACACGUAUACCACACAGGCUGGCGAUACGUGCGACUCGAUCGCGAUCGCAAACAGCGUCUCGGCAGCGACCAUGUACUACACCAAUCCGAACAUUUUAAACUGCUCCUCCAUUUUCGAGGGCACAAGUCUUUGCCUGCCGGCUACUUGCGAUAAUGUCUACUCGGUUGUGGAUGACGAUACGUGUCUCAACAUCGCCGUGCAUGCCGGCACCAUCACCUCCAAGAUCAUUACUUGGAAUUCGCAGCUCAACUGGAACUGCAGCAACCUUCAGGACCCCAACCCCUAUUGGGGCUCUACCCUGUGCGUUUCCAGUCCUGGGGGCAACUACACGGGUACAGCUGCCUCGAACAGCACAGACUUUGAAGCCACGGUGACGGCUGUCGACCCGCCAUCGGGCGCUACCGUCGCCGACGGCACUACGUUGGAGUGUCUUGAGUGGUAUACGUAUGACGCCAGCCUGACAUGCGUCAAGGUUAUGCUCACGUAUGGAAUCUCUGUCAACCUGUUCGUAGAGGCCAACCCGUCCGUAGGACUGUCCACCUGCGACGACGAUCUCGUGGUAGGAGAUGCCUAUUGUGUGGAGCCGAUGGAUAAUUUUAACCAAACCAGUACUUCGACGACGUCCACUGCCGCCGCGUCAACGGUGACAGCGCCCGGACCGACGCUGACCGGAACGGCCAGCAACUGCAAUGCCUACUACGUUGUUGAAAGUGAGUAA